AUGACGUCAUCGUCGUGUUCUGUUUGUGGGUCAGUAGAAACGGAGAUCAUUGAUGGUCUGAUGUAUUGUGCUGUAUGCGGCACACAAAUCUUUGACUACCGUGAAUUGGAGGCUGAUGAUGACAGAGUGGUCAUCGGACGUGCAAAAAUCGCAAAGAGGAAAGAUGCUGAUCGGCCAAUUAGGUCCGAAGGGAACUUGGAGUCAGCAGUGCUGGGUCUAUCCACAACCAACGUCCGGAAAAGACGCAAAGGCGAAGAACUGGAGUGUUACUUAGAAUCUUCAGCCACUAAGGAUUCUAAAGACUCUAGCGAAAUCUUGAAAGACAUCACAACCGGUCAGGCACAUGCGCCUACCUAUUUGAAGAGUGUUGGCAGAAGACUUUGCGCUUUCACAAAGAUGCUUGCGAAAGGUGGCCAUGUCUUCGCCCUAUAUCAGCGAUAUCUAUCAGCUUGUAACGUUGCUUAUACAGCCAAAGAUUAUACUGAAGAUCUGGAGGAGAUGUUUCGUGCUGUAGUGGUUAACAAGGACUCAGCAUCUGAACGUGCCAAAGAAAAGAAAAAUAAAAAGGAGCGAAGGAAAGAACGAGGACAAGAGGCGUUGGAAAAGUCGACGACUGCAUGGGAUCUACUGAUGAGUGAUACUGUGGGAGAGAACUUAGAUAUUCAGUCCGAUUCUGCACCGGAGGAUGAGUUCGAUCCCGAAAAGGCAUCUACUGCAAGAACUCAGACGAAGUCGAGUUUGGUACAGGUUGUUGAUACGAUGGUACCUAAGAAGAUCUUGAAUAAUGCAACAUCGUUCUACCUUGCUGUGGACGUGCUUGUGGCCCUUCUUUUCAUAUCUCUUAUAACUGCAGGAUGUAGAUGGAUUCUUCUCUCGGAUAUUAUAAGGUGGGUUCGAGAGGGCAGGUUUGGAAUAUCUGUAUUUCAACUGGCAGCUUUGCGUAGUGGAAGGCUCGAAAAAUCGAAAAAGUCUGAAAAAAGCUAUUGGACAAAAAUGAAUAUUCCUCUAUACGAGUUUCACCGUACUCUGUUAUUUAUUUGGCAAAUUUGUCGUCUCCCAUCUACUCCUGUGAAAGUUGAUUUUGAGCAGAUUGUUGCUCGAUUACUGUACCAUCUCAAUUUACCAAGAGCCAUGAUGGGAAGGGUACUGCUUUUGAUAGAAAAAGCACCUCCGUGUGUUGAACUAGAUGAAAAGAGUUUAAGAAGACAAGGAAGUAUUGAACACAUGGUUACUGUAUUCGGUCGACCGUUGCGAGAUGGAAAUCGUCUCAAUACUGACAUUUUUUUCUCGACUGAAACUAAAGCAUUUGCUUACAUUUUAAUGGCCCUCAAACUUUGUUUCGGUUUGGACGGUGUACGAGAAUUUGAUGUUCACGGAAAUGCUGACAAAUUAAUGAACAACUGUUACAGCAGGCCUGUCGAGCCGUUACUUUAUGAAAAGGACUUCAAACGUGUGCCUUUGCGACGUCAAGAGAACGUUUUACGCACAUUCCUUUCUCGUCCACAUACACAAGAGGAGAAAGAUGAGAUAAGAACAUCCACAGACGAACUUGCUGUGAAAACGUUUCGGGCUGACUUCGACGAACACAUCUUGUUUCCUGACACUUCGUCUUCUAAUGCUUCAAAGGCCAAUUUAGCGCAAAACGAAAGUGCUGCUGGUGGAAAUCGCAUCGACGAGUGGUACUCGUAUUUUCCAUGCGCUAAGGGAUAUGAGGGUGCUAAAACCUCGGGCUUACGUAUGUUAUUUGCAUCUCGUAAAGCAGCCAUUGAUGCAUGGGAAUGUGCUCAACCUGCAAUGAGUCACACGUUUUCUAUGCUUAUUCAUUGGUUUUCCAAGAUUAUUGGUGAAUCUGAGCUUGUUUUGUAUUGUGCGUUCAUGAUGCUCGAAUUGCAAAUUGUAGAUUUUAAGAAAUUUCACGAAUUGAGACGUGCGAUGGUGGACGGGAAGGUUUAUCCUUUGAAGACUACAAUUGCAUGUGUAGAUGGUCGUCGCUUAUUCAAAACACUUUAUGUGUCAGCAGCUGAAGACAUUUCUGACGCCAGUGAAAUCGAUGUUGUACGAAUUGGUGUGCCAAGGGAUUGGGGUGUUGAAGGAGGUCUCGAUGGUGAUGAUGAAAGCGAUGAUUAUUCGAGUAAUAGCAGCAGUGAACUCUACUCCGAAACAACGGACUCAGAUAUUGAUGAAGUAAUGUGGCCAGCGAAGAACCUGACCAUCUAUCGUCCACCUCUUCCAGAAAGCGUACUGCUGCCUCCGGUGUGCAUUCAUCUGUUAACAUACGAGAAAUUGCCAGGUAUCAGCGGCAUGUGA